AUGGGACAUCGCCGCCGCCGUCAUCGGGAUGAAAAGGGCUGCAGCAGCAGUGAGAUCCCCAACGACAUGCUCCAGGAGAUCCUGGUGAAGCUGCCGACAAAGGACGUCCUCCGGUCCUGCCGCGUCUCAAGGCUAUGGCGCAGCGUCGUCAGUGACCCGUCGUUCCGCAACCUGCACGCCGACACCUACGUCGCCCCUUUGGGCGAUACCGAAGCCCUGCUCGUCUCCGUGAAGAGUGUGUCUGGCCAGAUGGACGAGGCUAGCGUCUUCAACGUGUCUUCAGGCAAGGCGAUGUGUUCCUUCCCCAUCCCAAGCCACUACGGUCUUGCAAACGUCUGCAACGGCCUCCUCUGCUUCGCGUACGAUCGUGACGGCUCAAGGGGCUCGGCGCCAGCAAUAGUGUGCAACCCUGCCACCGGCGAGAGAUUGACACUCUCCAAGCCGCCCGCUAAGGACAAGAUACGUAUGUUUGCCUUGGGGUUUAGCGCACCCACAAAGGAGUACAAGUUGUGCUACCUCUCUUACCCGCCACAUUCCAAUUUACCCGAGGCGAGCGUGAAAGUCCACGUGUACACCUUAGGUGAUGCUAGAGGGUGGCGCCGACACUCGUUCCACUCCCCGUCUCGCCCGAUCGACCUUGCGGCACCAGUGUUGAUUGAUGGCAUGCUCUACGUGAUGACCAUUGGUUGGGAGGGUAAAAAUCAAACAAUUGAAGUGUCUCAUGCCUCCACGAACAAAAAAUCAGGUCACUUCCUGCCUCAUGCCUCCACGAACAAAUCGAACUGCAAAGGCAGGGAGAGGGCCCUCCAUGAACAAAUCGAAUUGGAGAGGCAGAGAAAGAGUAGGACGAGAUUGACUUGGAGUCGGGUAGGGAGAGGCCACCUCCCGCCGCCCGCCGUCCGCCGCCCGCCGCCCGCCGCCGUUCCUCUACCGCCGUCGUUCCUCUCUACCGCCGCCGUGUGCCCCUACAUCCCUGUCCAGGACCGGUCCUGA